UCAUGACAUUCGUAUCUUUCCCACGUUCUUCUCAGAACAUAGAAAAUGGCAGACGGAGAAGUUGAUCGAACAGUUUGGGUUGGAAAUUUACCAGAAACCGUUACAGAAGAGCUGUUGUUUGAACUGUUUUUACAGGCUGGUCCGUUGCAAAAAGUGAAGUUGGCUACAGACAAAGAUGGCAGGUCAAAAAGAUAUGCAUUCAUUACAUUUAAACAUGCAUGUUCAGUACCAUAUACGAUAGAUUUGAUGUCUGGUAUACAGUUGUUUGGCAGCAGUCUCAAACUUCAAACUAGAACAGGAUCAUCUCACAAUUCACCAAAUCCAUCUAGCCAGCAGUCACCAGUCUAUACAAAUUACCCACAGUAUUCAUUCAGUAAUAACAAUACUAGCCCAAUGACAAGAGGAAACACAUGGCAUGGGAAAGAAAGAUAUGGACGACAGAACAGUGAGGGGUCAUAUAAUUCAAGACAAACUCCAAGCAAUAUCGGAGGUUCAAUUUUGUCACCAAGAAAUUGUGACCAGUUACCUUUACAAGGCCAUAGUCCAGAUGGCAAUAUAGAUCCCUUAUCACUUCAGUUACGGAGAGAGAGAGUUCUACAGCAGCAGAAGGUCUCAUUAGAUGCUCAUCGUCAGAGAAACUAUCCUCCACAAAAUCCUUAUGGGAACUUUCAACCUUGGCAACAACAACAACAACAGCAACAACAAAGAUCAUACAGAAGAUAUUAAUAAUAUCUGAGCAAGGACUUUUAUUUUAUUUUUGUUUUUAUUCUUAUUAAAGCCUUCGUGAUCCUGA